GCCGCCGCCGCCGUAGCCGCCGUAGCCGCCGCCGCCUGCCCGGGGGAGCCGCGGCGCAGCGGCAUGAAGCGGUGCCGCUCGGACGAGCUGCGGCAGCCCGAGGAGGACCCCGGCGCGGCGGCGGCGGCGGAGGCGCCCGGCCCCGCCGCGAUGGAGGCCAAGCCCGGGGAGGCGGCGGCGCCGCCGGAGGCGGGGGCCGGCCCGCCGCCGCGCACCAAGCCCCCCGACCUCAAGAAAAUCCAGCAGCUGUCCGAGGGCUCCAUGUUCGGCCACGGCCUGAAGCACCUUUUCCACAGCCGCCGGCGGUCGCGGGAGCGGGAGCACCAGAACUCCCAGGACUCGCUGCCGCCCCAGCCCGGCGCCUCCGACCACGACUCCCCCGACGAGAAGGAGCGCUCGCCGGAGAUGCACCGCGUCUCCUACGCCGUGUCGCUGCACGACCUCCCCGCGCGCCCCACCGCCUUCAACCGGGUGCUGCAGCAGAUCCGCUCCCGGCCCUCCAUCAAGCGGGGCACCAGCCUGCACAGCGGCAGCCGGCGGGCCAAGAGCGGCUCGCUGGAGCCGCAGCGGGGCAGCCCCCACCUGGGCCGCCGGGCCCCCCAGGACAGCAGCCUCACCGCCAUCCUGCACCAGCACCAGGGCCGGCCCCGCUCCUCCUCCACCACCGACACCGCCAUCCUCCUGGCCGAGAGCGGGGCCGUGUACCUGCUCACCGAGGACACCGAGGGCCUCGCCGAGAAGCUGGACAAGGGGGACGUGACCGCGCUGAGCCUGCCUCCCAACGCCGGCCACGGCGACGCCGACGGCAACAUCUGCCUGGACGUCCCGGAGGGCACCCCGGAUCCCCACCGGACCAAAGCCGCCAUCGAGCAUCUGCACCAGAAGAUCCUCAAGAUCACCGAGCAGAUCAAAAUCGAGCAGGAGGCUCGGGAUGACAACGUGGCCGAAUACCUGAAGCUGGCCAACAACGCGGACAAGCAGCAGGCCUCCCGCAUCAAGCAGGUCUUCGAGAAGAAGAACCAGAAGUCGGCGCAGACGAUUGCGCAGCUGCACAAAAAGCUCGAGCACUACCACAAGAAGCUGAAGGAGAUCGAGCAGAACGGGCCGUCCCGGCAGCCCAAGGAUGUCUUCCGGGACAUGCACCAAGGCCUCAAGGACGUGGGUGCCAACGUCCGCUCCAGCAUCAGCGGCUUCGGAGGCGGCGUUGUGGAGGGCGUCAAAGGCGGGCUCUCGGGCUUGUCGCAGGCCACCCACACCGCCGUGGUCUCCAAGCCCCGGGAGUUUGCCAGCCUCAUCCGCAACAAGUUUGGCAGCGCGGACAACAUCGCCCACCUGAAGGACACGCUGGACGACGGGCACCCCGAGGAGGCGUCGCGGGCCCUCAGCGGCAGUGCCACCUUGGUCUCCAGCCCCAAGUACGGCAGCGACGACGAAUGCUCCAGUGCCACCUCGGGGUCGGCCGGCGGCAGCAACUCAGGGGCAGGGCCGGGUGGCUUGGGGAGCCCCAAGUCCAACACCCUGGACAGUCACCACAACAACUUUGACACCAUCCUGGAGGAGCUCCGGGAGAUCAAGGACAGCCAGUCGCACCUGGAGGACUCCAUGGAGGACCUCAAGGCCCAGCUGCAGAGGGAUUACACCUACAUGACGCAGUGCUUGCAGGAGGAGCGGUACAGGUACGAGCGCCUGGAGGAGCAGCUGAACGACCUCACGGAGCUGCACCAGAACGAAAUGACCAACCUGAAGCAGGAGCUGGCCAGCAUGGAGGAGAAGGUGGCCUACCAGUCCUACGAGAGGGCGCGGGACAUCCAGGAGGCGGUGGAGUCCUGCCUGACGCGGGUCACCAAGCUGGAGCUCCAGCAGCAGCAGCAGCAAGUGGUGCAGCUGGAAGGGGUGGAGAACGCCAACGCCCGGGCCCUCCUGGGCAAGUUCAUCAACGUCAUCCUGGCCCUCAUGGCCGUGCUGCUCGUCUUCGUCUCCACCAUCGCCAACUUCAUCACCCCGCUCAUGAAGACCCGCAUGCGCAUCCUCAGCACCGCCCUGCUCGUCCUCUUCCUCCUCUUCCUCUGGAAGCACUGGGACUCCAUCACCUACUUUCUGGAGCACGUGCUGCUGCCCAGCUGAUGCCCUGCCGGGCCCGGGGGGCUUGCUGUUUCCUGCGGAGCAGAGGGUGGGAGGGGGCCGGCGCCCUGCAGCCUUCGUCUGACUUCUUCACGCCCUUGGUCGAGUCGCUUUCCCGCCCCUCCGCCCUCCCUGCACCCGUCUGCGACCGCGUCCAGCACCCGCACGGCGGAGAUGGAGCCGGGAUCUGUCAGUCCUCCGGGAUGUUCGGGGAGGGCAGGCUGGGCACGGAGGAGGCGGGUGGAAGGAGACGGUAAUUCAGGCGUCGUUGGGUUGCGCUGGGAGGUUUGGGUUGUUUUUAACGUCGUUCUGUUGUCCUGGAAGUCUGCGGGAAGGAGGUCGUGUCGCAGGAAGGGCUGAGCUGGCCCGAGGUGGCGAACGGCUCCGUCCCGGGGUGCAGCGAAGCGGCGCGUGCGGGAGGAGCGAGCAGAGGGCAGGGGACAUCCCCGCUCCCAGUGGGCAGCGUGUGGCCGUCUGUCCCACAGCCGCCGGGAGCCCGAUGCCAGCGCCAGCAUCGGCACCGCCACGGGUGCCACGUCCUCCACCGGCUUCCCUGCCGUUAUCCAUUUUCCCCUCCCCUGGCUUUAGCGGGUCGGAGCUCUUCAGGGACGCCUGGCCUUCCCGGCAGCACGCCUCCGGGCUUCGCAGCCUCCGCAAAGUGUCGUGUGCGUGUGCGUGUGUGUGUGUGCGCGUGCGGUUUUUAAGUUAAUUCGAGACUCGUUUCCAUUUGUGAAGCAAAGCUGGGAGAGCGGGGGGAGGCGAGCGGCUGCCUCCCCGGCCCCACGCAAGAGCACGGCAUGCUGUCUCGACUGUUUCUUAAAUUAUUUCAUACAUAUAUAUUUAUGUAAUAUAUCUACACACACAUAUAUAUAUAAAUAUAUAUAUAUAAAAAUAUAUGCACAGUCAGGUCCUCCUCGGGUGCAGCGCCGCCGGCCUCGGCCGGCUCGUCGCAGCGGCGGAUUUGGCCCUGCGGCCGCCGAGGCGUGUGCUGGCAGGGCUGCGUCACUACCAGGUUAUGCCGUUAAAUAGCUGUAAAAACUCAGAAGUAAAUAAACUUUGGAAGUUUGAGCUCUCGAAA